UGGACUGUGACAGAACAGUGUUGCAGAAAAUGAAGAAAGCUGCUAAAGCCAAGCAUGCUUCAGGUCAAGACCAUAUCUCCCAUCUGGAGCUGUACAUCAGUUCCAUGGAGAAACUGGUUGUGAAUUUCCACUCCAAUGGAGAGAAGGAAGUGGCCUCUGCCUUCACUAAGUUUGCUGAAUUUUCCAAAGAGCUGUUGACGCCAAUAAAAAACUUGUUAAAGAGCAUGCUGCACAACAUCAACUUCUUCCUGGACUCUCUAGUAAAAGGAGACCUGAAAGAGGUCAAAGGGGAUUUGAAAAAGCCGUUUGACAAAGCAUGGAGGGACUACGAAAAUAAAUUCACCAAGAUCGAAAAGGAGAAGCGGGAGCUAGCCAAGCAGUACGGCAUGGUGCGCACAGAGGUGAGCGGGGGAGAGAUUGCAGAGGAGAUGGAGAAGGAGCGCAGGAUGUUCCAGCUACAGAUGUGUGAGUACCUCAUCAAAGUGAACGAAAUCAAGACUAAGAAAGGUGUCGACCUGCUUCAGAAUCUCAUCAAGCACUAUCACUCCCAGUGCAAUUUCUUUCAGGAGUGCCUGGUGGCCACAGAGAAGCUCAAGCAGUAUAUUGACGAGCUCACAGGAGCGCUGGGCACUAUCAAACACAGACAGGACGAGGAGAAGAGACAACUCUGCUCUCUGAGAGACCAGCUCCGGCCCUCACUGCAGCCUGAGCUCAAAGAGGACUCUUUGAGCAAGCAGACAUUCUACAGCAUGCACCAGCUGCAAGGCAACAAACAUUAUGGCACAGAGAAAGCGGGAUACCUCUACAAGAGAAGUGACGGGUUGAGAAAGAUGUGGCAGAAGAGGAAUUGCACUGUGCAGAACUGCUACCUAACUAUUGCACAUGGAACUCCCAACAAACCACCAGCCAAACUCAACCUGCUCACGUGCCAAGUCAAGCCCAGUCUGGAGGACAAGAAGUGCUUUGACCUCAUUUCUCAUAAUCGCACAUAUCACUUUCUUGCUGAUGAUGAGCCAGUGUGUGUUGCGUGGAUCUCAGUGCUGACCAACAGUAAGCAGAAAGCCCUUAACGUGGCUCUGGAUGAGCGGAAGUCCAGUGGAGACAACAGUGUUGAGGACCUGACCAGAGCCAUUACCGAGGAUAUCCGCCGCAUGCCCGGCAACAACAUGUGCUGUGACUGUGGGGCGCCAGACCCAACCUGGAUCUCCACAAACCUGGGCAUCCUGACAUGUAUCGAGUGCUCUGGGAUACACCGAGAGAUGGGCGUGCACUACUCCCGGAUCAAGUCUCUUUCCCUGGACAAGCUGGGUACCUCCGAGCUAAUGCUGGCAAAGAACAUGGGCAAUUCAGGCUUCAAUCAGAUAGUGGAAGCCAAUGUCCUGAGUCCCUCACUGAAACCCACGGCAGAAAGUGACAUGAUGGUGCGUAAGGACUUCAUCCUGUGUAAGUACAUGGAGUGUCAGUUUGCCCAGCACAGCAGCAGUUCCUUUUCCACUUUGAGAAGGAAUUUACAGGAGGCAGUGUGCAGCCGAGACAUCUUCAGCCUGCUCCAGCUCUAUGCCGUGAGACUGGACCUCAGCCAACCUCUGGCCAACCCGGUGCAGGAGAAAGGGGAAACUGCACUCCACCUGGCUGUCCUGCUGGCUGAUAGGACCUCGCUUCACAUUGUGGACUUUCUUGUUCACAACUGCAACAAUCUGGAUGUCCAGACUGCCAGGGGAAACAGUGCGUUGCAUUACUGUUGUCUGCACAACAGAACAGAGUGUCUUAAACUGCUUCUCCGAGCCAAGGCCAACAUACAUAACAAGAAUGAGGUGGGCGAGACUGGGCUGGAUAUUGCUAGCAGAUUAAAAAACACGCACUGUGAGGAGCUGAUCAACCAGUCCCAGAGUAACCAGUUCAACAUGCACGUGGAAUAUGAGUGGCAGCUGCGUCAGGAUGAUCUGGACGAGAGUGAUGAUGACCUGGAUGACAAGACAGGUCCAGUAAAGAAGGGCCGCUCUUCUCGGCCCUUCAAUCUGUACCAGACCCACACCAGCUCCUCCACCCUGGACCGAGGAGGAGGUGGACUCUUCCGUGUGGGUCGCAGGCUAGCACUGGCCCACAAUCAGAAGCGGGAGGUGUACGCCAGUCCCAGCUCUCACACGCGCAGCCUUGACAGCCCCCUGCACGCGUCUCUCCCUUCUAGAGUCAAAGGAAGUCAAAGCGGACGCCUACGAAGAUGGCAUCUCAGAGAGCGAGCUGACCAAGGGGUCGAAAAUGUAGAUAUGGCCAGGUGUUCACUGUUCGAGGAACAGGCUGUGGAAGCUUUAUUCCUGGCAAAAGUGUCCAUAACCAGAGGUUAUAUCAGCUGUUUUGGUGAACCCCUCCCUCAUCUGAACUGGCUGACACAGAGGGCACAGCAUGAUCAUAGCUAUGUUUUGAUGUGCGAGAGGAAGCCAGUCCUGUCAUCGCCAUUGCACCCGCUCUGACGAUAACCUUUGGGCCAACUGGGGGCCCAAGGCUCCUUAGGAGACACCGCAAUUGUGAUGAACUGAGUGAAUAUUAGGGUAGUACUGUAAUUCAUGAAUCAUAUGCUGUCUGCUGCUGUUCUUACCUCUUUCCCUUUCUGUCUUUUACACCUCUCGCCCCACCUCGUCUUUCUUCCUCGUUUAAUAAUGCACACCAUAUGUGCAUUGAAGUACAGAUUGAACUUGUCUGUACUUAUAACACCUGGAUAAUGAACUUCUUUCAAUAAAGCGUUUCACAUUCUCCACUUGUUGAAAUUAAGUAUCUCAUUGAAAUAUUAUCCUCUGUCCUCAGAUUAAUGCAGAUGAAUGGAGUUAGAUUUGCAUUGUUUUUUUUCUGUAUAUAUGAAUUACAAAUCAAUCAUGCUUCUAAUCUAUUGCAUAGUUACAAUGUGUAAUCAUUGAUGUCCCAGGAGCAGGAGUGGUGUAAACACUGUUGAAGGGUGUAAUUGUAAUACAUAAAUGCAGACACAGCAUCAUUCAAAUAAUGCAGUUUGAUAUGACUGAAAAAGAAUGUCUCAGAGAUUCAUAUCUGAACCGCACCUUUAUUUUCCAAGGAAGAGUACAUGAUCAGUGAAUAUACUCAAUGUACAGGCUACAAUGUGGGAAUCUCAUGCGUGGUAAUAACUAUAGUAUGUGUGUAUUUUGGACUUGCU